UUGAGAUUUGUAUUCAACCCAUAUUUCCAAUGGACGGCUGUCAUACAAUCUCGUGUCCAGCUUCUUCUUAUCUAUAAAGGGCACAAUGGAUCUCGACCAUUGGUCUCCUUCUCUAAACAUGGAUCUAGAGAUGCCUCAUCAAUCAGUAGCACUAAUUGUCGGCGUCACCGGAAUGACUGGGUUGGCCUUAGCAGAAGCCCUGAAGAAGCCCACUGCCUUAGGCGGCCCCUGGAAAGUUUACGGCUCCGCUAGGCGGCCCAAGCCAAGCUGGUUUCCUUCCUCAAUCACCGACGAUUACAUCAUCUUCGACGCCACAAGCUUUGAUGACACCGUCGCCAAGAUCGAUCCGGUAGCGUCGGAAAUCACUCACGUCUUCUGGAUUGCAAUUCAAGUUCGUGAAAGUGAAGAAGCUAACGUUAGAGUCAAUCAAGCUAUGCUAGCCAAUGUACUCGAUGUUCUGAAAUCAACUCCGAAUUCACGGCUCAGCCACGUCACUCUCCAAACGGGCACCCAAUACUACAUGGGUCCGGUCCACUUUAACGAUCAGGUCAAUCCACAUGACCCACCCUUUCUUGAAGAUUUGGCCCGUUUACCAUACCCGAACUUCUACUAUCCUCUAGAAGACCUCGUGGCAUCACACGCGCCAGCAUUGACGUAUUCCGUCCACCGUGCAUCAAUAAUAAUAGGCGCGUCUUCUCGAAGUGCGUACAACGCGCUGCUAACUUUAGCCGUGUACGCAACAAUUUGUCGACGAGAGGGGUUACCGUUUAAGUAUCCAGGUACCCGGUACACAUGGGAGCAUUUUUGUGAUAUGACGGAUGUGCGUGUGCUAGCGGACCAACAUAUAUGGGCCGCGGUAACGGGCCGGGCCAAGAAUCAGGCCUUUAAUUGCACCAAUGGAGACCUUUUCAAAUGGAAGAGUGUAUGGAAAGUGUUGAGUGAGAUUUUUGGAGUUGGGUUUGUUCCAUUUGAUGAGAGUGAAGAGUUUGAUAUUGUGGAGUUGAUGAAAGAUAAAGGGGUAGUGUGGAAUGAUAUUGUGGAACAACAUGGGCUUGUCAAGACCAAGUUGGAGGAGAUCACUUGCUUUGGUGCUUUGCAAAAUGUUCUGCAUUUUAAGUUUCAACAUGUUUGUAGCAUGAACAAGAGUCGCGAAUUUGGGUUCUUUGGGUUUGCGGAUAGCCUUAAGAGCUUGGGGUUAUGGUCGGAGAAGUUGAGAGAGAUGAAAAUCAUACCAUGAAUAAUUUGUUUUCAUAUGCUAUUGUCUAUGUGUGACAAUAGCAAACAUAUGUUUAUGGCUCCGUUUGGUAGAGUUCAUUUAUUGUCAAAAUAAAUUAGCUUAUAUUGUGCGGAAGAGGUACUACUAUAUUUAUGUAAUAAGGAGAGUAUGUUUUUAUUAAUAUAAAAGAGCAAAGUU